UUUGCAGGUCUUGCUGAUGUGUCGAUAUCUGAAGAUAUUCCAGUGGAAGGGGAGAUUACUGUUCCUGUCGGAUCUCGCUCUCCUGAUGAAGACUACUCCACCCUGGAUGAGCCCGUCAGGGAUACCAUUAUGAGAGAUCUGAAGGCUGUUGGGAAGAAAUUUGUCCAUGUUAUGUAUCCAAAAAAGAGUAGCACCCUCCUCAGAGACUGGGAUCUUUGGGGCCCUUUGGUGCUCUGUGUCUCGCUUGCACUGAUGCUGCAGGGUGGAUCAGCAGACAGUAAAGACGACGGAGGGCCCCAGUUUGCCGAGGUCUUUGUCAUCAUCUGGUUUGGUGCAGUUGUCAUCACGCUGAACUCAAAGCUUCUUGGAGGAACUAUAUCUUUUUUCCAGAGCCUGUGCGUUCUGGGUUACUGUGUGCUGCCCCUGACAGUGGCAAUGCUGGUGUGCAGGCUGGUGCUGCUGGCAGGGUCGGGGACUGUCAGCUUCAUCAUACGUCUCAUCGUAGUCAUAGCUAUGUUUGGCUGGUCAACGUUAGCAUCUACAGCUUUCCUGGCAGACAGUCAGCCGCCAAACCGCAAAGCUCUUGUUGUGUACCCCAUCUUCCUCUUCUACUUUGUUAUCAGCUGGAUGAUUCUCACCUUCACACCUCAGUGA